AUGGAAGAUUGCCUGCUGUUCUGUUCUGUUUAUUAAAUAAUCUUUUCUAAAAUUUCUAACGUUACGCAAAGAUAGUAUUCGCUUAGAGGUGCUUUGAUAAAUAAAAAGCGCGUAUAGAAAUUGUAUAUUGAAGUCUAAAACCGAUAUUAUCUACAGUGAUCCGGUAAUUUUAAGUCAUGACUAUUGUAUCAGUGUUUACAACUAGAGUGUUAGUUUUCCAUACGGCCGUCGAAAUAAUAUGGCUUAUUAUAAUGCCGGCGGCGAAUUGAAUGCAACUAGUACAACCGAUAUCGUAGACGAGGACGAAAUCGUUGAUGAUCUUUCUAUAGUUCCUUUAGAUAAAGAUAGCUUCGCAAUAUGUGAGUUAUGUGGUCGCAUAGGGCGCCGCAGACAGUUUUAUCCGCGCAACAACAAGUUCUGUUCCCUGCGAUGCCACGCAAGUAGGACAAGACGGAAGCAUUGUAGCUGGAGAUUUAAACUCAUGGAGGGUGCCGAGCACAUGGCGGGGCUCAUCCCCCUGGAGCCCCUGCCCCAGCUGCAGCAGUGGCAUGCUACACUUAAUGACAUUCAGGCUGGUCCUAUUAAGCAGCCAGCAGCACAAGUUGCCAAUAGCUAUGAAUGGAAGGAUGAGCUCUUUGGGUGUGACUUCCUCGCAGCCCCAGUCAGUCUGUUCAAACAUGCUCCGCUGCAUGAAAUGUGGGAUAACACCUUUGAAGGAAUGAAAGUGGAAGUAAAAAACACAGAUUGUGAUAACUAUUCGGAAAAGAUUAAUGAUUUUUUCUGGGUUGCUACUGUAUUGAAAGUUAAAGGUUACAUGGGACUUCUUCGAUAUGAGGGAUUUGGAAGUGAUGAUUCAAAAGACUUUUGGGUGAACCUAUGUUGCUCGGAAGUGCAUCCCGUUGGAUGGUGCGCAACUCGCGGCAAGCCACUCAUACCUCCAAGAAGCAUAGAAGAUAAAUACACUGAUUGGAAGAAAUUCCUGGUAAAGCAAUUAACAGGUGCCCGUACAUUACCAGCCAACUUCUACACCAAACUAAAUGACAGUCUUAAGUCGCGGUUCAGUAUUGGCUCCAUAAUGGAAGUUGUGGACAAAAAUAGGAUAUCACAAGUAAAGGUUGCUAGUGUAGUUGAAAUUAUUGGUAAACGGUUACAUGUGAAAUACUACGACAGUUCUCCAGAAGACAAUGGUUUUUGGUGUCACGAGGACUCUCCACUCAUCCAUCCAGUCGGCUGGGCCUUCAGAGUCGGCCAUCCGCUGGACGCCCCCCAGAGUUACUGUCAGAGGGUCGCUACUGCGCGAUUUUUGCCAAAUGAUACGACUGCAGAUAUGUUUUACAAGUACCCUACAAAUGAGCCUCCAUUGUUUGUGGAAGGGAUGAAACUUGAAGCCAUUGAUCCUUUGAAUCUCUCAGCUGUGUGUGCUGCUACGGUUAUGCAAAUUUUGAAUGAAGGAUACAUGAUGAUCCGAAUAGACUGCUACCCAGCUGAUGCGUCGGGUGCGGACUGGUUUUGCUAUCAUCAAAGAUCACCCUGCAUAUUCCCUGUGGGAUUUGCUCUAGCUAACAAUAUACCACUGGUGCCGCCCGCUGGUUACACGGUGGAAGAGUUCAACUGGGAGGAGUACCUCUGCGCGUGCGGCGGUCGAGCUGCGACGCGCGCCCUGUUCGCCGCUCGCGGCCACCUCGUGUCGCACGGCUUCGUGUGCGGCAUGCGGCUCGAGUGCGCCGACCUCAUGGACCCGCGGCUCGUGUGCGUGGCCACUGUGGCGCGGGUCGUCGCCGACCUGCUCAAGGUCCACUUCGACGGGUGGGGCUCGGAGUACGACCAGUGGCUGUGGGCGCACAGCACGGACAUGUACCCGGUGGGCUGGUGCCGCGCCGUGGCGCACCGGCUGGAGGGCCCCAUGCAGCCGCCGCCGCGCCAGGCGCGCAAGCCGCCGCCCAAGAACCACCGCCGCCGCCGCCGCCACCACCCACCGAAAGCCCAGCCACUGCCGCCAAAUAUAACUGAAGACAGCUCCCAAAAUUCCGACAUGGGCGACGCAAAAAGUUUGUCACCCCCCACUAGCGUGUCCGAAAUCUCCGCCGACGUAGAGUCGAGACACGACGACACGGAAUCGAGACCCGACGACACGGAAUCGAGACCCGACGACACGGAAUCGAGACCCGACGACACGGACUCGAGGCCUGAUGAGACGGAGGCGAGACCUGAAGAGUCGAGACCUGACGACAUGGAGUCGAGGCCGGACUCGGAGGCGAGAGCGGACGAAGGCGAGUCGAGACCUGACGAUAAGAUGGAUGUGGAAGAGGCGCCCACCGAGAAUUCGCAUGAGCGGUUGAGCGAUGAGACUAAUCAAGAGUCUAUGAGCAUACCCACGGACGUGUCGCAAGACUCCAGCGUGCACUUAGGCCCCGUGUCGCCCGACACAUCCAGCCAGUCCGCAUCCGACAAACUCAUCCCGCGGCUGGUGGACGCGGCCGUGCCGCGCGACCAGCUGUCGUCCGUGGAGCCCGAGAACUGGACGCCGGCCGACGUGGCCCGCUUCCUGGCCGUCAACGACUGCCAGCCCUACACCGACAACUUCACCAACGUCACCGGCCCCGUGCUCCUCCAGCUCUCCAAAGACGAGAUCAUAGAACUCCUCGAGAUGAAGGUCGGACCCUCCCUAAAAAUAUUCGACCUCAUCCAGCAGCUCAAAUGCAAAAUUAAACAACCUCAGUGUAGACUAAACUUCAAGUGAGGCGCGGCUUCGAACCGAGGAUUCGGAGGUGGCGAAAAACUGUGGCCUUUAAUGCACUCCCGGGAUGCACUUACAAAUAAUCGUGGCUUUACAAGUGUGUGGUGAAAUGGGUCCCCAUUUGACGAUUUAUAACGGCAGCAGACUUUGGCAUAUUAUGUCACUUCGCCUUCAUAUUACAAAGAAGUCUGAAUAGGGCCCUCGCCUAAUUUUUUAUUGUCAUAGGCAAUUCAGAUGUACAGUUGCAAAAUAGGAUUAUGGCCAGUGAGGUUUGAGACGCCAUGGGCGGGCCUUUACUAUCCCCCCUGUACAGUUUGCCGCUGAACAGUGUACAUUAUAUGUAAUCAAAUAAGCUGUCGCAAGUUUUAUUGCAUUAUUUAUAGACUGGUCGAUACUGUCAUUUUUCUUGUAUCUUUACAUUUCAGAGUUAAAUUCCGGAGGUUAUUGCGGCGUAUUUUAACAUUCAUUAUCGAAAUGAAUGAUUAGCUAGCAGUGAAUUUGCCAGUACAGACCGCUUUACUUUUAUACUUGUGAACCAUAUUUAUUUUAAACAUAAAUCGGUUAUUUUAACGUUUACUAAUUUGAUACGUGUAAAGAAAAGGGGAUAGCAUUGUUAGUUUGCCGAGAUCUGUGCCCUGUUUAUCAAAAGCUUGUAACUUGUAAUACAAGUGGAAGUCCCUUUUUGACAGCUUUUGUUAGAAAGGAACUACCAUUUAUGUUACAAGUUACAAGAUUUUGAUAAACAGGGUACCGGUCGCCAGUCACACGCUGAUGUCCUUGCUUGUAAAUCAUAAGUAUUCUACUAGUAUUUUAUGGUAAACUACCAUUUGUUGGCGCCCGAAAUAUUGUUAACACCAAGUUUUUACAUAAUUGCCUUGAGAUGUGGUUGUUAGUGCCUGUGGCGCCCAAACAAGUAGGUUUACCUUUUAUAGACUAGUAUAGAGGUCAUUUAACGGUGAACGGGAAAAAUUCCAUUUCGGCAUUCAGAAUCAUGGUAAAAAAUGAGAAUUACAUCCCCUUAUAGGAUUAUACGAAUAUUUAGUCAUCUCUUUAGUUCAUUAAUAUGCAUGCCUAAUUAGUUUCUUAAUCAAGUAUAUACAUUAUGAAGUGUAUAUAAAUAUGUGAUAAAUCCCAUUUUGCUAAGAAGCAAUAAUAGUUACGGUGCUUAGUGUUAUUCUUAUUAGCUUUGCUAUUUUAGGGGUAGAGGCUUACCUCCUAGGGUAAGUGGGCUGUGUUAGGUGGUGUCUUUAUUUGAACGUAUCUCAGUAAUUGUGUUGUGUACUAUAGUAAUAUUUUUGUAUGUAGAUUAUGUCUGCCAUAUCAAAAUACUGCCAAUCAACGCAAGGGAUAUUGUAUUAUAUUUCGUGUGAGUCUCUCGAAUAUAAUUUAAAGCUGCGUGUCAGAUGUAAAUUCAUCCUACAAAAAUAUUUACACAAUAAUACAAUGAAUUAUAAGUUGGAACCACCCCAGUACCACAGGAGUUUGUCUUGUAUUGAGCAAUAAUUAAUCGAUACUGAGCAAUAGUAACUGAUAAUUAUUCAUUAAACGAACCUGACAUAUUGACAAAGUAUUAACUAUAUAUAAUCUUAAUCAAAUUACAGAAAAUUGUAUGAAGUACAUUAACAAUGACUUGCAUGGUGUAACAUUCGUUUUUACAUAAGGACAGUAUAGGCAAAUACUGCUCAUAUUCAGUUUUAAUACGAGUAGUACAUUCUGCUCAGACCCACUAAGGUCAAUUUUUGUAAUCUAAUCAUUUCGAAAACUGCCUUAUCGUAAUGAAAUAUCAUAUGAAUUAAACAUUCAACUCUUAGCUCGUGGUCGUCUCUUGCCAAAGUUUUGUCUAAGUCCCCGUGAUUCACAGAUUACUAAAUGUAAAUAAUUCAUGGAUUUUAUAUGUUGUUUACCAGCAUUAUAUUUUGUGUGUCUAAAAAUGGGUUUGAACGAUUUUAAUUAUAAAUAAAAGCAUUUAAUAAA